AUGGAUCUCUAUCCCACCCAAAAUGCAGCCCACAGGGAGGGCCUUGCCCCGCCGGAGGGCCGCUUCCCCAGCGCCUUCUCCACCGACAGGAGUGAAGUGGCCGGAGGUGGCUGCCCUUCCCUGUCCCAGGAUCUCAGCCCGCCCGCCUCGACCACUGUGGCCGCUGCAGUGCCUGCCCUGUUCCCCGGGGCUGAGCUGGUGCCUUCCAUCUUCCAGCGCAGGAAAAGGACCAACUUCACCACGGCUCAGCUGGAGACGCUGGAGCUGGUCUUCAACUACACCAUGUACCCCGGUAUCUACUUGAGGGAGAAGCUGGCCGACAUGACCCAGAUCCCGGAGUCCAGGAUCCAGGUCUGGUUCCAAAACAGACGUGCCAAAUCCCGGCGGCAGCGAGGGAACCCUUGUAGCAGCCCAGCAGCUGCAGAGCCCUUCCCUAGCCACAAGGCUCCUGCCAAAAAUGCAUAUCCAGCGGCGGGCGUUCAGCAGCACACCUCAGCCACAGAGCCGCACCACUACUACCAGCCCCCCGGGGGCCCUGCAGGGCUUGCCUACGCUACCCAGCCUCAUUUCCCCAGCAACCCUCCCAGCACCAGCGUAAAGGCUCUGGCGGAUCAGCAGCCUCAUUACGCGCUGUCGGGAGUAGCCCAGAUCAUUCAAAUAAAAGAGGAAAACGCGGGUCCGUACAAGUGGCCCUCCGCAAUGCCCUUACAGCCUGAGCUCGCUCGGGGUGGAUUUUGA